CCACUACAACAGACAGACAGAAUACCACUACUUGUUGAGUUAGAUUGAUUAGUCAAAUAGUCAUACAUUCGUCGCUUGAAGUUGAACAUUGAGCAAGUUCGUACCGUGCAUUUAAUCAAUCUUAUCUUUUAAUGUGGUGUUUCUGUGCAAUGGUAAGAGUAGUUUAGUUCAGUACAACAUUUCAAAGUGGAAAGCAUUACAGAGAAUAGAACUGUCGCUACUAAUCUGUCUGCAGCUCUUCAUUGAUCAGUGCUCGUGAAUCGUCAACUCUUUAUUCGUAGUAUCAAUUCAUCUACUUCAAUUCCAUCAAUAUGCCUGCUAAUGAACUUUGUAUCAAGAAGCCGAAAUAUGACAUCAAAGUUGGUAUCAUCGGUGGUUCCGGUCUAGAUGAUCCGGAUAUUUUACAAAACGCCGUAGAAAAAGAAGUAAAAACUCCGUUUGGUAAACCGUCGAGUGCGUUGGUGGAAGGUACUAUCGGUGGCGUACCAUGUGUAGUGCUUUCACGACAUGGCAAGAAACACAACAUUAAUCCAACAAAUGUGAACUAUCGUGCUAAUAUUUGGGCGUUGAAGGAUGCCGGUUGUACGCACGUGAUUGUUUCUUCGGCUUGUGGUUCGUUACAAGAAGAAAUCGCUCCGGGUGAUCUUGUGAUACCGGAUUCAUUCAUAGAUAUGACUAAAAGUCGAAUUUCGACGUUUUACAAUAACGAUGGACCUUACGCCGAUACCGUUCUGCAUAUUCCGAUGGAGCCGGCAUUCUGUAACAGGACACGUUCUGUGAUCGUCGACGCAGCUAAAGAAUUAAACAUCAAGUGUAAAAACGGUGGCUCAGCUGUGGUCAUCGAAGGACCACGAUUCUCUUCGCUUGCCGAAAGUAAAUUGUUCCGAUCUUGGGGCGCUGAUUUGGUCAACAUGACCAUGGUUCCUGAGGUUGUUUUGGCUAAAGAAGCAGGAUUGUGCUAUGCUUGUAUUGCAAUGGCAACUGAUUACGAUUGCUGGAAUGCUAGCGAGGGCACGGUCAACGUUGAAAAUGUGAUUAAGAUUUUCAAGCAGAACGUAGAAAAGGUUAAAAAUAUCAUGUUACUGGCUGUCAAGAAAAUAGCUGCCGAAGAGUGGAAUGAAACUAUCAACAACUUGCAGGACGUUGUAAAAGGCAGCAUUCAAAGUAAAGAAUAAGUCUGAAAGGUACCUUGGUUGAAUUUAUGCCGAAUUAGUUUACCAUCCUUGAGAGUAAUUCUCUCCAGAUAUUGAUCCUUCAUCCUACAUUAUUAUCGGAUAACUUAUUGAUAGAUCUGUGAUACAUAAACAAAUCAAAGUACAAUGAAGAUAUUGUACUAAUCGAUCCACAUUCCAUAGAAUAAUGUGAUACUGAUACCUAUUACCUACAAUAUACUUGAGAAUAAGUUUUGUAAAAGAUAAAAAUUUAUUUAAUUCAAUAUACAACAGCAGCAAGUCA